UCAGUCUCUUCUUCGUUUGUUAAAAAAUCGUUUCAUCCUUCACCAUCACCCAAAAAAGAGGCAUGUCUCGCUUCUGCUCGCAAAAUUAAUUUGUUUCGUUUUUGCACCAAUUUUCGCACUGAAGGAGAAAAAGAAGUAAGCAUUAAGAAGCAGUAGGAGAAGAAUCGUAGUCCAAAGUGCAAUCCAAAUUUGAUAAAUAUACUAAUUUCGUCAGAUUGGUUUAUACUUUUACAGUCGGUCUUUAGAAACUAGUUUUUUGUUUGUGUGUGCAAAUUGUGAGGGGAUUUGUGUGGGGGGUGUCAAGAUGGACGAGACGGGCGACUGGGUUCCCCCAGAAGAUGAGUAUGACGCCCUCAACGAUGAAACCUUUGGGGACGAUAGCGGCACAGAAUUCAACUGGGACGAGGCUCAAUUGAUGCUGGACGAUUUUGAAAAGAUCAAACCGAACGGAGCAUCAAAAUUGGUAUCGUCUGAGCAUGAAAACCAGGUUGAAUUCGGCGGUCAUCAUGAGGACCACCACAGUUUCGAAGAGAAAGGCUUGGGAGGAAAUAGUAAGACUUUUGAGGACGAUUUCGACAACGAAAAUGCCCUCGCGGAAAGCAUAUCUCGACUCAUGGAUGAUUUCGACGAUGACGAUGAGGCAGAAGCUAUGAAAUCCAAGUUGCGAAGAUUAGGUGGGGGUGGGGGUGGCAGUUUAAAUACGUACUUCCUUCCGCCACAGGUCGCGAACAAGCAUCAUCAAUGGAUUGGUGGGAAUUCUUCUUUGUUGGGAUCGUCAGUCUGGUCCAUGCACCCGACGACCUCUACGCCCGACACGGAUCACGUACCUGCUCCUUCAAAUCAUCACCAUAACGCUGUCAAUGUUAGAGUUGCCGCAGACCACCGACCUCCACUUCACUUUACUGACCAAUUCUCCCAUCCAACACCUCCUCAAAGCAAGCUGAACGACUUAUCUACACGGUCGCCCAAAUCACAACCACCCGCAAAACCGGUUUUUAAAACUGUAGAGGAAAUAGAGCGUGAGCUUCUCGAGGGGAGUGGAGGUGACACUCUUCCACCUCCUCCUCCUCCUAGUACUGGUGCCACUACAAAAUCUACAAAUCAUCACCAUCCCCUCAUCAUGACGGCGGAAGAGUUGGAACGUCAACUAAUGGACGAUUCUUCCUCCCCAUCACCCCUGCAACCUGUACCUUCCUCCCCGCUAAAGCAGCAGCAGCAGCAGUAUCACUCCAUACCGCCUGGAAUGACGACGGAUAAUAAUGGUCUGCGACACGGGGGAAGUCCUUCCUCUUCUUCGUCGCAAAAGGGUAGUCCCCGACCUCCCCCAGGAUUGAAUGUGAAUCAAUUAAUGAUCCUACAGCAGCAACAGCAAAGGAAGCAGCAUGCCACUCCACCUCCGCACAUGGCUGGACCAGGACCGCACCCAUUUUCCCCAAGAAAUAGGAUGAUGAUGAACCCUGCACAAAUGCAUCACCACCACCAACAAGUACAAUUUGCUCUUCAUCAACAGCAACAACACAUGCGAAUGAUGCAACAGAUGAGUCCACAAAUGAGGAGUAGGAUGCCGCCACAUAUGAUGCUCCCAUUUCCACCACCGCCAUCUAACAUGCAUCAUCCAGGCCGGCAGGGUAAUUUCCCUGGAAUGGGGCCACCCCACCAACAGCACCAAAUGCCGCCUCACUUUAUGCGCCACUUCCGUUCGGAUGAUCCCUACUCUGGGUUGAUGAAUGAGAAGGAUAAACAAAGACUUAGAAAUAUUUCGAUAGUCCAAUUGCAAAAUGACCACCCGUACACGACGGAUUAUUACUCGUUGAUGUACCGUGUACGACGUGGAACCUCUGAUCCGAAAAGACAGCGAGACUGCCUCAUAAAACUAUUUCCAAAUAAGUCUGACGACUCCUCGGGUAGAAAUAAUUAUCAACCGGCACAUUUUGAAAAUUCGUUAGGAAAGUUACAGGCCGUAAGUGCGUUAGCCCCAAAGAAGGCGAUCGAUACGGUUAUUCGGGUUGUAGAUGCGGGUCAAAGUAAUCGCGGUGGGAUGAAGGCGUAUCGAUAUCUACUUUUAGAAAUUGAAAAGUUGUACGAAUGUUUGCUGAAAAUCCAGGAGGGCGACAUUAGGAAAACUUUGCUCAUGAAUGCCGACGCGUACACGUUGCAACAACGGAACGAGAAUGAGCGGAAAGUUAAAACAGUUUUACUCCCGCAGAAUAAACUCGCCGAAAUUUUGUCUGUCCACAAGGGCAAGAUGCUAAUCAGCCGCCUGAUGCCUCUACUCGAUCCAGAGUUCCGCUUCCAACUUUUGUCCCACAUGAUUACAAACUUUCCGGAUUGGGGAGCCUCUAAAAAUUCCGAUAUCGACCGGACCUACCCUUUCCUGCGACAUUGCAUCAUUUCCGCCGACAUGAAAGACCUCAUCUUCGCGUUUAACGGGAUCGUCCCCACAGCUGUGUACGAGUGCAUGAUAACCAGCAAGUUGGGGAUUUCCCUCCUCAUGGCGGCGUUUCAUCGAGGCGAGUCCAUUAUUCAGACGAGCCUGCCGGACGACGAGAGAGUUGCGUACUUGAAUCGGUUAUACAUAAAAGAGGUCGACGUCCUGGUACAGACCGUGCUGAGAAGUCUGCACCUUCUCGCGACACCCAUCGAAUACCCGGUCCAUAUCAUCCAACAUUUCGCCAGGUGGGGCCCCCAGUCGGAUCAGCUCCUGCAGUUUGAGUCGACCCUCGACCUCUGGGCGAAAGAGGGCAGUUUAGUCCUUCAUUAAAGGAAAAGAAGACGAAUAAUGAUGUGCCGACACGGACAAGAUUGACGAAGCUUGAUGAACCCUAAUAAUUAACUAUUAAACUAAUACAUAAAUUAAGAGACUAAUAAUUCCUUUGACUCGUGCACUUGACCAUUUUUAAGAAAAUAAUCCUGACGUUGAGAUAAAUAGUGAUCCAAUUUUGAUAUCGUCUCCUCGCUCAUAAAUAAUUGUUGUUUACGAGUAUACAUUUAAUUAUAAGUAACUAAUUACUCAAUUAAUUUUACGACGACUAAUUAAAUAAUAAUAAUGUAUCUCCUGACUUUUAAUGAUGGACGGCUUAUCCAUAAAUAAAUAAAUCCGCCUCUAGACUUUUUUUUAUAGAGACUGCGUGCGUGAUACAUAAAUUGAUGAUAUUUUCUAGCUACUAUUUGUAAAAAGUUAAUUAUAAUUUACUUAAUUAUUACGAUAUGAAUAUUGAAUUAAUUAAUUACGCUGCCCCGCAAUUUUUUCUGGGUGGCGUAAUAAAUAUUUAAAUUGGUAUAAGAAGAAGAAGGAAAUAUAAUAAAAAAGAAAAUAAGACAUGAAA